AUGGCGAGUCUGUCGGCAAGCGAGACCGAGUUCCUGGCGGAGCAGGAACUCAUCCUCAUCAUGCCGCAGUUCCACCUGCGUGACAACAAUGGCAUGCUCAACUUCAUUGGCGGCAACUUCGGACCCUUCCAGCCAGGAAUUACCACCCACGUUCCGCUAUGGCUAGCCAUCAUGCUCAAGCAGCUAAACAAAUGCCGAAUCCUACCACCCUCGUGGCUCUCUGUCGACUACCUAACGUCGCAACUGGAACGUGAAAAGAAGAGUGAAGUGUUUGAAGAACUUCCUUUCCACUACCUGGAGGUGGCGUCGCUGCUGCUGAAGAAUGCACCCGACGAUUUGGACCAGGGAGAGCACUUGCGCUCGCUAUUGGAAGACCUGCAGAACGUGCGACAAGACAAGAUCCGCAACGGUCUGACCAAGAUCGCCACCGACGUGCAGGGCGGAGGCACAGCUCUGGCCAUUCAGAUGAACAACAUUUCCGCGCUUGAGAUUAAUUCGAUGCGUGAAUUCAUGCUUGGGGUGACGACUUCUCCCAAUCGCAGUCGCAAUCGCAAUCGCAGUCCCAAGGAAUCUUGGAGUCCUCGUCAGAAAUUGAAAUGGAGCUGGCACCUCAAGAGCAUGGAGCUUAUAACGCUGAGUCCACGCAAGUCAGAUCGUCAUGUGCUUGAACUGUCCCCUACUGGGCUGCUUCCAAACUAA